AUGGAAUUUUUGGAAGUGAAUUUUGAUUGGUUGGAAGAGAAAUUAAAAGAAUUAAAAGAUGAUUAUCUUUUGUUUGAUUUCCCUGGACAAGUUGAACUUUUCACACAUCAUAAUUCAGUAAAAAAUAUUAUAGAUAAAUUACAAAAAUUAGAUUACAGGUUGGUGACGGUGCAUUUAGUAGAUGCACAUUAUUGCACAGAUCCAUCCAAAUAUAUUUCAAUAUUACUAUUAUCACUUAAAACAAUGUUACAGAUAGAAUUGCCACAUAUAAAUGUAUUAUCAAAAAUAGACUUAAUGGAAUCUUAUGGAAAAUUAGCUUUUAAUUUAAAUUUUUAUACUGAAGUGCAAGAUUUAUCAUAUUUAUUACAAAAAUUGGACAAAGAUCCAUUUACAAGCAAAUUUAAAGAAUUAAAUAAAGCAUUGUGUGGCUUAAUUGAAGAUUUUAGUUUGGUUGGAUUCUAUACAUUAUGCAUUGAGGACAAAAAAUCUGUAUCACAACUAAUUCAAGUAAUUGAUAGAGCAAAUGGUUAUAUAUUUAAUGGACUGACAUCUAAUAACGAAAGUAUUAUGAUGGCAACAAUUGGAAACGAUCCUGGAAACCUUCAUACUGUUAUGGAAGUACAAGAACCAUUGAGAAAAGACCCAGAAAAUACACCACUUCAAGAUAAAUUGAAUGAUUUAGCUGAAAGAAUAGCAAAACUUGGCGGAACUGCUGCAAUCAUUAUGUUAUUAACUUUAUUAAUAAAAUAUUUUGCCACGUUUCAUCCAAGCGAUGGUGCAGCUACAAUAAUCGAAAAUUUGGUCACAAUAAUUAUUUCAACAGUUACUAUUGUUGUCGUUGCUAUUCCCGAAGGUCUUCCUUUAGCUGUUACACUUGCACUUGCAUACGCUACUACUCGUAUGUUAAAGGAUAAUAAUCUCGUAAGAGUCUUAUCAGCAUGUGAAACAAUGGGUAAUGCAACAACAAUAUGUUCUGAUAAAACUGGUACUUUGACACAGAAUAAAAUGACUGUAGUUACUGGAAUAAUAGGGUCUUCAGUAGAGUUUCAAAGACAGGGUUAUAAAAAAAACGAAUCGUUAUUGAAGGACCAAAAAUCAAAGGAAAAAUUUAAAGAAUUUAAUGGAAGAAAUGCUUUUGUUGGUUCAAAAACCGAAACUGCUUUAUUAGAUUUUUUGUUGGAUUUAGGACUUGAUGAUUUCAAUGAUUUAAGAUCACAAGCUAAUGUCGUACAAUUGUUUCCUUUCAGUUCUGAACGUAAAGCAAUGGGUAUUUUGAUUACAAAAGAAGACAAAUGGAGAUUUCACAUUAAAGGUGCUAGUGAGGUAUUGUUAAGUAAAUCAGAAUCGGUAGUAAAUAUUGCCACUGGUGAUGUGAUUGAUUUAAAUAAUAUAAAUAUAAACAAUAAUAAUGGUAGUGGUGACAUUAGUAGCGGCAGCAGUUAUAAUAUGAGACAACUUGAACAACUUAUCGAGUCUUUUGCCAAUGAUAGUCUUAGAACAAUCACUGUUGCUUAUAGGGAUUUUGAACAAUGGCCUCCAAAGGAUUAA